UGGCAACUCUUGUUUGCAACAACAAUGUAAAAUCAAUUAUAUUUUGCAUUGAUAAGGAAAAAAUAAUAUUUAAAACAGUAAUUGUGUUAUAUUUCACAAAACUUCUUUAAAUUAUUGUCUAUGGAUGGUUUAUAUUGGAAAAAGUUAAAGGAUAUCGAUAAAACUUCGGGAGUUUUAUAUACAAUUCCGCCCUUCCAAAAAGUACCAGCAGCCAAUAAUAGCAGCAAAAUGGAGCAAUUGUCGGGUGUUAUGAUAAUUAUUAUAAUUGGAGGAGGGGUAUUGACUUUUGUGAUGUUAUUCAUAUUUGCCAAAAGACAAAUAAUGCGUUUUACCCUGAGGAGCAGAAGAGGACCACAUGUACCAGUGGGCAAUGAUGCUAAGAAGACUUUAAGAAGGGAAAUAGAACGUCGUUUGGAUUGUAUACAAAAAAUUGCCCAAGAACCCAAACUAUUAUGGAAUGAUGAUAAAUAUAUUCUACAGUGCGAUAAGAGUUUGCCUCCGUAUUAUUAUCGUAUGCAGGCUGUGGAUGAUAUAAAAAUUUUAGAACGUGAAAUAGCAAAAUAUGAUGGUUCCACACGACAUCCAUAUGAUAAUUUAAGAGCAUUUCUCUUGACCACCCUAUCAUCAUGUCUUACUGGCACCGGACAACGUAUGAUCCAUCAGUACUGCGACAUGUACGAGCAUGCAAGACAUGAUCCCAAUGAAUUUGGCAGUGAAGAGUAUGAAGCAUAUCAUAGAAUUUUGUUAAAACUUAUAGAAGCAGCCAAACAAUUGAAACCGUUUAAUAACUCACGCAAAAGUUCACCAGCCCGUUCUAUGAUGAAGACCACAAAAAUGCCUUCCUUACUCGAUCCAUCGCGUCUCAAACCCCCACCGGCCACUGGUGUAAGAACAACUGGUGCCCAACUGUCUACAGCUGGUAGUGAUUUAACUGCUGGCCAUCAAUCAAAAGUUAAUUUGACAUUAGGUCUUCAUGGACGAGAUAUUGAUGGUUGUGAGAUUGUUACAAAUCCAUUGCAUUUACAAACACCAGCCGAUCGUGAUAUUAUCAUUAGAAAUCGCAUAAAAACUCCAACUUUAGAUGAUAUAGUCAAUGAUCCCGAUGAUGAUGAGAUAAUUGAGGGUGGAGAUGAUGAAAUUAUGAGCAUUUCAUCGGUUAAAUUUAAUGAUAAUUCUAGUGUUGUAUGAUGAUAAGAUGUCUAGCAGUAGCCAGUUAAUAAUUAAGAACAAAACAUAUUAAAUAAUUUGUAGAAAAACGGAAGUGAAAA